AUGAAAUUAGAUCCAAAAGCAUUAAGAUACUUAAGUAAAGAUGAUUUUAGAACAUUAGUUGCAGUUGAAAUGGGUAUGAAAAAUCAUGAACUCGUACCAGUCAGUCUCAUUUGCACAAUUGCAAAUUUAAAAUAUGGUGGUACUAAAAAAUCAAUUCAAACAUUACAUAAAUUUAAAUUACUUUUCCAUGAUGGCAGAAAUUAUGAUGGUUAUAAAUUAACAUAUUUAGGAUAUGAUUUUUUAGCAUUAAAAACAUUGGUAUCAAGAGGAGUAUGUUCAUAUGUUGGUAAUCAAAUUGGUGUUGGUAAAGAAUCGGAUAUUUAUAUAGUUGCCAAUGACGAUAAUCAAGAGAUGGUAUUAAAAUUACAUAGAUUGGGUAGAGUUUCAUUCAAGACAAUUAAGAACAAUCGUGACUAUUUGAAGCACAGAAAAUCAGCAUCAUGGCUAUACUUGUCAAGAUUGGCGGCACUUAAAGAAUUUGCAUAUAUGAAAGCAUUGUACGAGAACGGGUUCCCAGUACCAACACCAAUUGAUUAUAAUCGUCAUUGUAUUGUAAUGUCAAGAGCACGUGGUUAUCCGUUGACCCAAAUCGUUCAACUUAGACAUCCAUCAAAAGUGUAUAGUGAUUUAAUGAACUUGAUCGUCAAAUUGGCAUCCUAUGGUUUAAUUCAUGGUGAUUUCAACGAGUUCAAUAUCUUGAUCAAUGAUGAAGAAGAGAUUACAUUAAUCGAUUUCCCACAAAUGGUUUCAACAAGUCAUUUAAAUGCUGAAAUGUAUUUCGAUCGUGAUGUAACUUGUAUUCGUGUAUUUUUCGAGAAAAGAUUUAAUUUCAUUGGUGAACGUUGGCCAAAAUUUAAAGAUUGUCAAAAUAUUCAUUCUUUAGAUGUUGAAAUAUCUGCUUCAGGUUUCACUCGUGAUAUGGAAAAGGAAUUUCAAGAUUUAAGUAAACAACAAGAUGAUGAUGAAAUUAAUAAUAAUGAUAGUGAUGAAAAUGAUGAAGAUGAUGAUGAAGAUGAUGAUGAUGAUGAUGAAAAUAAUGAUGAUGAUGAAAAUAAUGAUAAUAAUAUUGAAAAUGAAAAUGAAGAAAAUAUUAAAAAAUCAUCAAAAGUAAAUAAAAAAGAAGUUGGAAAGGAAAUUAAAAAAGAAGAGGAGGAAAAUAAUAACUCUGAAGAGGAGGAUGAAGAAGAAGAAGAAGAGGAAGAUUCAGAUAGUGAAGAAUCUGUUGAAGACAAUACACCAGUAAUUGAAGAAUUUAAAGGUUUAUCAUUAAACAAAAAUAGAGAUUUCAAAUUUUCAAACUUAAAAGAUGAAGAUCAAAAUGCACCAAUUGUAUUAAGAAAAGAGUUUAUAGAGAAUCUUGAUGAAAAUCAACCAACUGAACCAAAGAAAGAGAAAGUUGAAUUAACUGAAGAAGAGAAACAAAGAAGAAAAGAAGAAAAGAGACAAAAAAUGAUCACUGAUAAAGUUAAAAGACAAUUAGGUAAAACAAUGAGAGAAAAAGUUAGUGUAAGAAAUAAUGUUAAAUCAAGAACAAAGAAAGAAGUUCAAGCUCAUAUCUCAUCUUAUUAA